AUGCAGCUCAGGAAUGUUCUCCUUCUUGCUUUCCUCAGCGCUUCUAGUGCUUUCAUCAUUCCCGAAGGCACUGGAGAUGGUGACUACGAGCACCAUGUCGAUGCCAACGGCGUUGAUGUCCACGUCAAGAUUGGCAACGCCACGGACUUCUCUGCCACUGAAUUGACCGCUUAUACUAAGAGAGUAGACUCCAUUCGCUCUCCACGCCUUCAGGCCCGCGGUGCUUUUUGCAACCAGGGCCCUGACAAAGCAAAUAUGCACCAUGGCGACACUGAUGCCGCAAAUGCUGAUCUAUAUUACCAAUGCAGCAACUAUGGACCGACCAAGGGCCGCCACGACUACUACUCUGUUCGUGGUAAUACCGUUGCAUUCUUUUGUAACCGUGCUAUCAAAUUGGUCCAAUGUACUGCAACUAGACGUGCUCAGACAAGCAGUUACAUUACGCAGAAAUGUGGGUGGUACCAUGCUGGAUGGUGGGAGCAGGAUUUGACCAGCUAUGGUUACGACACUGGCAGAUAUUUUUGCAGUGAAUGUGUCUAA